AUUCGAGGCGGCUUGGGCUGGUGAUCUUGAAACGAUCAAAAGACUGACCUUGGCCACUUGGGGCAAAGAUAAUGACCAAUCUCCCCUCAAGCUGGUGGCAACGGACCAGCUGGGCCACUCUCCCUUCCAGCUGGCAGUACUCCGAGGCCAUCUGGAAGCCGCUUUCGGAAUGCUUCAAGUUGUUCAGAUACAAUACCUUCCUCGGGAAGACCCUCAGGAGCGCUACAUCCUUCAUGACGGCCACACCAGCGACGAAACCGACAACGAGAGCGACGGAACCAACGACGAAAGCGACAGCAAAAGCGACAGCGAAAGCGACGAUUCCAUCCAUGUCUACAAGACUGUUAUGGAUGAUACUUUCACGAUCGAGAAUAUUGGUGAAGUGUCGUCGCAAGUGAAGAGCCGCGUCACUGCCGUCAAAUGCCUCAAUCGUGGGGUCGGAGCCUUUGGCGAGGAACUUGCGAACGAGAACCGUAGCAAAGGUGAUCCAAUCUUCUAUGGAAAUCAAGGCCUUUUCGGCUUUGCUGUGUUCACGGAUGAUAUGAAGCUCUUUCAGUGGCUGCUUGACAUUGGGUUGAAGUUUCAGCGAGAGUUUCCUGGAACCUCCGACGGCGACAAUCCCCCAACGAUAUUCACCAUCAAUCCCGAAGCCUUCCAGGUGGCCAUGCGGCUUGGACGCACGAAGUUCCUUGCGGAGAUGUUGAAGCAAACUGGUGUUGGUCUUCCAUUGGAGGAACUCGUCAAGAAGAGCGGUGUGGAGAUCAAGGAGAAACCCAAAUACUAUCAAGGCCUCUCUGUCCAUGGAAAGAAGAGAAAGGACUGGGUAGCAAGGGGCAGAGGAAUCGUCUUCAACAACAACAUUUCCACUCAAAAUCCCCCUCUUCUCAUUGCCGCGAAGGAUGGCAACAUCGACACGAUCGAAUGGUUCAUGAGUGAAGCUCCUUUGAGACACUUCAAAAAAUUUACCGAAGAUCAUGCCGAUGAUAAGAGGAUCAAGCAUCUGGCCUCCCUCCGUGGGGGAAUAGAUAAGACGCUGUCCACAUUCCUUGGAGUCCGAUGUAAGUGCAUGCCCAAUGACUGCUAUAUCUGCGCUAACCGGAGCCACAGCCGGACUCGCUCUUCAUUGUGUGGUGAUGUCCAAGCCGAAGGAGGAUACGCCGGAGGUCCUCCAAUACUUGAUCGAUGCCAUGCCUUCCGCAAUCGACAGUCGCUCUCAGGAAGGUUGGACACCUCUGAUGCUCGCCUUCUCGCUUCAUCGCCAUACCUUAGCGAAGGUCCUCAUCGAUGCUGGCUCGAAUCAGACUCUUCGCGACAAAAUCGGUUGCAAUCUCGCCCAUCAUAUCGUGUGCCCGGCACCCUGCAUUCUAUUCCAUAAGCCGCUGAUCAUCCGCCUCGAAAAGGAUAGCUAUCGUGGCUUCAUAGAGCUGAUUGAUCCGCGUCUACGAAGCAACAUGUUCGUGGAGCGGGCGAGUUGGGGCGCGGGCGCAAUGACUCCUCUCUCCUAUCUGAUUUCGAAGAAUCUCGGUGAGUGGUACCAAGGUGACC